AUGCUGACUUCCCCAGAACCUAAGGGCCUUGUCCCUUUCACCAAAGAGUCACUUGAACUUAUGAAAGAGCGUAUUGCUAAAAAACACAGUGAGGACAAUGAAGCAGAAGACUUACAGCCAAGCAUUGACUUGGAAGUUGGCAGAGAGCUUCCAUUUGCUUAUGGCAACCUUUCUCCAGGAAUGGUGUCAGCACCCUUGGAAGAUGUGGACCCAUACUACAAAAAUAAAAAUACGUUCAUAGUAUUAAAUAAAAAGAGAACAGUCUUCAGAUUCAAUGCCACUUCUGCUUGGUGUACUUUGUCACCUUUUGAUUGUUUUAGAAGAACAAUUAUUAAGGUUUUGGUACAUCCCUUUUUCCGAAUGUUGAUUUUAAUUAGUGUCCUGACUGACUGCAUAUUUAUGACCAUGACUAAUUUUGCAGAUUGGAGAGCAUUAUUAGAGAACGCUUUGCUUGGAAUUUACACGUUUGAAAUACUUGUAAAACUCAUUGCAAGAGGCAUCUGGGCAGGACCUUUUUCUUUCAUUGGUGAUCCAUGGAACUGGCUUGAUUUCAGUGUCACUUUGUUUGAGUUUAUAAUAAGAUAUUCACUUCCAGGCUUUGCUUCAAUACUUAAUACUGCAAGAACUUUGAGGAUUUUGAAAACUAUACCUUUAAAUCAAGGUCUAAAGUCUCUUGUAGGGAUCCUAAACCGCUGCGUGAAGAAACUUAUUGGUGUCAUUACCCUUACUCUGCUUUUUCUGAGCAUAUUUUCUCUAAUUGGGAUGGGACUCUUCAUGGGCAACCUGAAGCAUAAAUGUUUGCGGUGGCCCCAAGAAAAUGAAAAUAAAACACUACACAACAGAACUGGAAACCCACAUUAUAUUCGAGAAGUAGAAAACUUUUAUUAUUUGGAAGGAGAAAGAUACGCUCUCCUUUGUGGCAACAGAACAGAUGCUAGUCAGUGUCCUGAAGGCUACGUAUGUGUAAAAGCUGGUGGAAACCCUGACUAUGGCUACACAAAUUUUGACAAUUUUGGCUGGGCCUUCUUUGCCCUGUUUCGGUUAAUGACUCAGGACUAUCCAGAGGUACUUUAUCACCAGAUCCUUUAUGCCUCUGGGAAGGUCUACAUGAUAUUUUUUGUUGUGGUAAGUUUUUGGUUUGCCUUUUAUAUGGCAAGUCUGUUCUUGAGCAUACUUGCUAUGGCCUAUGAAGAAGAAAAGCAGACAAACACUGAAAAAGCUAAGAAGAUUGAACCGAAAUAUCAACAGACCUUAAAAGAAUUUCAAGAAGGAAAAGAAGCAGCUGAGACCAAGACCAUACAAAUAGAAAUGAAGAAAAGAUCACCAGCUUCUAUGAGCACAUCUGUGGAUUUGUUGGAUGAUGGUACUUUUGCACAUAAAGAAGAAGUUAAAGAAUCUAGGAAGAAAUGUCCAUUGUGUUGGUAUAGAUUUGCUAAAACUUUCUUGAUCUGGAAUUGUUCCCCCUGUUGGUUAAAAUGGAAAGAAUUUGUCCAUAUGAUUAUAAUGGACCCAUUUACUGAUCUUGCCCUUGCCAUAUGCAUAAUUUUAAACAUACUGUUUUUGGCAUUGGAACAUUAUCCAAGAAGUGAAGGAACCAACAGUCUUCUCAGUAUCGGAAACCUGGUUUUUAUUGGAAUUUUCACAGCAGAAAUGAUUUUAAAAAUAAUUGCCAUGCAUCCACAUGGGUAUUUCCAAGUAGGUUGGAACAUAUUUGAUAGCCUAAUUGUGUUCCAUGGUUUGGCUGAACUUUAUAUAGUGACUGUGCAAGGAAUAGCUCUUUUUCAAUUAUUCAGGAUGCUGCGAAUUUUCAAGCUGGGAAAAUAUUGGCCGACAUUUACAAAUCUAAUGUGGACUCUUGGUAACUCAUUGUUGGCCCUGAAAAACUUGAUCCUCCUACUGUUUACGUUCAGCUUCUUCUCUGCUGUGCUUGGGCUGAAGAUCUUUGGUGUGAAUUACGAAAACUGUGUUUGCAAUAUAGACAAAGGCUGCCAACUCCCACGCUGGCACAUGCAUGACUUCUUCCACUCCUACCUGAAUGUGUUCCGGAUUCUCUGUGGAGAAUGGAUAGAGACCUUAUGGGACUGCUUGGAGGUGGCAAGCCGAGUCACAUGUAUUCCCUUUUACAUGAUGGUUAUUUUAAUUGGAAACUUAUUGAUAUUUUACCUGUUUUUGGCUUUGGUGAGCUCAUUUAGUUCAUACAAGUCUGCGACAAUUGAAGAGAACAAUGAAGCAAAAAAUCUUCGGCUUGCCAUGGCAAGGAUUAAAAAAGGAAUAAACUCCAUGCUUUUAAAAACAUUGUGCAAAAAACAAAAUGCUCCAAAGGAGACAAUGGAAAAUGUCAAUGACAUGCAUGUCAAAGAGACUCUUUCUGACAAUACCCUUUUUGAAUUGAGCGACACCCAAGAUUUCUUCAAGGAGAAAGAAAAAAGCAGUGGCAUGGAGAAACACACAAUGACUGAAAAUGAGAGUCAAUCACUUAUUCCCAGUCCUAGUGUCUCAGAAACUGUCCCAAUUGCUUCAGGGGAAUCUGAUAUCGAAAAUCUGGAUAAUAAGGAAAUUCAGAGCAAGUCGGGUGAUGGAAGCAGCAAAGAGAAACUAAAGCAAUCUAGCUCAUCAGAAUGCAGUACAGUCGAUAUUGCUACUUCUGAAGAAGAAAUGAUCUAUGAACGUGAGAAGCCAAAGCAUCUUAAAAAUGGUAAGAGAAAAAUAAGAUCUUCACCUGGUCAAAUCAGUAGAGAGUCCAAGAAAGGAAAAAUUUGGCAGAACGUAAGGAAAACUUGCUGCAAGAUAGUAGAAAACAGUUGGUUUAAGUGUUUUAUUGGCCUAGUCACUCUUCUCAGCACAGCCACUCUGGCUUUUGAAGAUAUAUAUAUCAAUCAGAGAAAGACUAUUAAGAUCUUAUUAGAAUAUGCUGACAUGAUCUUCACUUAUAUCUUCAUUCUGGAAAUUCUUCUAAAGUGGAUGGCAUACGGCUUUAAAGCCUAUUUCACUAAUGCCUGGUACAGGCUGGACUUCGUGGUUGUUAUUGUCUUUUGUCUUAGCUUAAUAGGCAAAUUUCGAGAAGAUCUAAAACCACUUAUAUCUAUUAAAUUCCUUCGGGCACUCAGAGUUCUAUCUCAAUUUGAAAGAAUGAAGGUGGUUGUGAGAGCUUUGAUAAAAACAACUUUACCCACUGCCAACGUGUUUCUGGUGUGCCUUAUGAUCUGGCUGGUUUUUAGCAUUAUGGGAGUACACUUAUUUGCUGGCAAAUUCUAUGAAUGCAUUGAUCCAACAAGUGGAGAAAGGUUUCCUGUAUCUGAAGUUAUGAAUAAGAGUCAGUGUGAAAGUCUUGUGUUUAAUGAAUCCAUGCCAUGGGAGAAUGCAAAACUGAACUUUGAUAAUGUUGGAAACGGUUUCCUUUCACUGCUUCAAGUUGCAACAUUUAAUGGCUGGAUCACUAUUAUGAAUUCAGCAGUUGAUUCUAUUGCUGUAAAUAUGCAGCCUAAUUUUGAAGACAACAUCUAUAUGUAUUGUUACUUCAUCAACUUUAUUAUCUUUGGACUAUUUCUUCCUCUGAGUAUACUGACUGGUGCUAUUGUUGCCAAUUUCAAAAAGCAUAAAUUAAAGCAGGGAGGCUCAAAUAUCUUUAUAACAGUAAAACAGAAGAAAGAGUGCCGUGGAUUGAAGAAGUUCAUGUCUGAGGACUCUCAAAGACCGAUACCUCCCCCAAGAAACAAGCUCCAAGGACUCAUCUUUGUCUUGGUGACUAAUCAAAUUUUUAAUAUCACCAUCAUGGUUCUUAUCUUUGUCCACGCGAUAACAAUUAUGAUGAAAAGUGAUGAUGAGAGUCCACAAAUGAAAACUGUUUUCUACUGGAUUAACACAGUUUUUGUUGUGCUAUAUACUGUAGAAUGCUUGCUGAAGCUCAUCUCUUUCCGCUGUUACUAUUUCACCAUUGGAUGGAACAUUUUUGAUUUUGUGGUGGUUGUUUUCUCCAUUACAGGACUAUUUCUACCUGCAGAAUACUACCUUGGAUCUCCUUCCCUCGUCCAACUGAUACUUCUGUCUCGGAUUAUCCACAUCCUGCGUCUUGGGAAAGGACCAAAAGUGUUCCAUAAUCUGCUGCUUCCUUUGAUGCUGUCCCUCCCAGCAUUGAUGAACCUCUGUCUUCUUAUCUUCCUGGUCAUGUUUGUUUAUGCCAUCUUAGGAAUGUACAAUUUUGCCUAUGUUAAAAAAGAAGCUGGAAUCAAUGAUGUGUCCAACUUUGAAACCUUUGGGAGCAGCAUGCUGUGCAUUUUUCAAGUUACCAUAUUUGCUGGUUGGGAUGGGAUGCUUAGUGCAAUUUUCAACAGUGAAUGGUCUGACUGUGAUCCUGAUAAAAUCAACCCUGGGACUCAGGUUAAAGGAGAUUGCAGUAACCCCUAUUUUGGGAUUAUUUAUUUUGUCAGUUACAUCCUCAUCUCAUGGCUGAUCAUUGUAAAUAUGUACAUUGUUGUUGUCAUGGAGUUUUUCAAUAUUGUUUCAAAAAAAAAAGCCAAGACCUUGAGUGAAGAUGAUUUUAGGAAGUUUUUUCAAGUAUGGAAGAGGUUUGAUCCUGAUAAGACCCAAUACAUAGACUCUAGCAAGCUUUCAGAUUUUGCAGCUGCUCUUGAUCCUCCUCUUCUCAUGGCAAAACCAAACAAGGGCCAGCUCGUUGCCAUGGAUCUUCCCAUGGCAGUUGGGGACCGAAUUCACUGUCUUGACAUAUUGCUCGCUUUUACAAAGCGAGUUUUGGGUAAAGAUGAGAGGAUGGAGAAAGUCAUUUCAGAGAUAGAAACUGGGUUUAUAUUAGCCAACCCUUUUAAGAUCACGUAUGAGCCAAUUACAACUACUCUAAAACGAAAACAAGAGGCAGUCUCAGCCACUAUCAUCCAACGUGCUUAUAAAAGUUACCGUUUGAGGCGAAAUUACAAAAAUACAUCAGAUAUUCACAUGAUAGAUGAUGGUGGAAGUGUUAAAGCUACUAAAGAAGAUAUCCACUUUGAUAAAGCUAAGGAAAAGUCAAUUAUUCAAAGCCAAGUCUAAUCCCACUUACCACCCCUUCACUUUCCUCAUGUAUCAUGAAAUGUUAAAAGUUUAAAUCAUAAAUAAAAGCAAAGAUCAUUUGUUCACAACCCAUGGAAGUUAAGAAUGUAUUCGCAAGGCUCCAUACCAAAUUCACUUUUUACUUCUAUAUAUUUAGUCUAAUCAAUCUAUCAGGAAGACAACUCCCUUAAUAUUGCUGCAGUGAGUAGUUAGUGGUUAAAGUUGUCACUUGACAAUCCAAUGCUCAUUUUCUCUAUAUGGCUUAGAUGGCACUUGCCCCUUCUGGAGAAUGGGAAAGGUGGUGGAAGGGAUAAGCAGCAAAAGGGUCUUUCUUGUAUAUUUUAUGUCUACUUGAACUUGAUGGGCUUCGAGUCACCACUAAUAGGACUUAGUUACAAAUGAGUUCUUAAUGUGGAGUGGUGUUUGAAAAAUAGUGAAAUGCUAUGGUCAUUAAAUCAAAACCUUAUGUAGAGAAACCAUAAAUUUUUGGAAGGAGUUCUGUAGAAGUUGCCUUUCAGUUCAAUCUCAGAGGCUCCUGGGCUGAUUAAAACCACAUUUAAAAAAGAUUGGUUGGAGCCAGUUUUUAUUUUUUUCUUUUUGGUAAUAGAAAUUAAUAUUGUUUCCUCGAUUCUCAUCUCUUUGAGUAGUUCUACCUAAGCUCCAAUUCUACCAUAAGAUGAAUUAUAAACAAGGCCUAUAAAGGGAACUACAGUUCUGGCCUACUUUUCUCCCAUUUAUAGUUUUUAAAAGUAUACAUUUACUGAAAUGUUGUAAUAGAGACUAUAUUAAUAGAGACAAACUUUACAUUAUCAUAAAACCAAGUAUUCUUACCAUGUAUUCAGAAUGUAACCCUGAGUAUGUAAGAGCCGGCAGAUGCAUGUCAUAAUAUGAAUCAAGAGAGUUGAGGGCUACAGUUAUGUCUAGGACAUUUCAAUGUGUCUUGGCCAUUAAUAAGGAAACUGUGGCCACUUUAAAGUACUUUUCACUGUACUUGAUGGUUCUUUAUAACUUAGAGAAAGAAAUGAUCCUCAAACUGUGAGAACUGAGAAUUAGGAGAUAAAAAUGUAAGUUCAUCAUAGUUGUUUUAUAAUCUUAGUAUAUGCAAGUUAUUUUUACUUAUUCAAUUACCUUUCUAGGUUUUGGUUGUUGUUGCUGAUGUCAUUACUGCUUUUAUAUCAUCAUGUAUAUAAUGACUCUAAAAAUGCUUCAUAUUUGAAAAACUCUAAAACCCUAAACAUUAGUUUCACUAUGGGAAAAAAAAAAUUUUUUAAAGGUACAAAUCGUUGUUUUUUGGCUCAUUUAUAAAAAUUGAGUCAAUUAUACCCAUGAAGUUAGAGAUUCUGUAUGAAGAUUGAUUUCAACAUUCUUACAAAAUUCUAAGGGAUUCAGGAAGAAAAUAUGUAUGCUGUUGGCUGUAAAUAUGUUACACCGCAUUCAGUCUGAGUAAACUGUAUUUUAUUAUGACUGCAUGAUCUUGAGCCUUAACUAUUAUAAUCUAACUUUUUCUGUUCCUUGGAAAUUUAAUAACCUGACCAAGAUGCCUUUGGGGGAUUCCCUAAGCAAAUAUAAUUUAAGGGUUCUGUUUCUUUCUGUAAGUGUUCCUUGCUCUUUUCCUCCUGUUCUCCAUCCAUGUGAUGUGAGCCAGUGAGGAAUCAGUGUUAA